AUGCCUGAGAAGAAGAGAAUUCUGGUUCUUGGGAGUGGAAUGGUCGCACCUCCCUGCAUUGAGUAUCUUACCCGCAACCCUCACAAUGAAGUCACUGUUGCCUGCCGAACCCUUUCUGCCGCACAGGCUCUCUCGUCUGAAUUUCCCAGAACGCAGCCGCUUUCCCUAGACGUGGCUUCUGCAGCCGACCUCGAUACUCAAGUCGCAGCCCACGACCUCGUCAUCUCGCUCAUCCCGUACACACAGCACGCGGCUGUGAUUAAGUCAGCUAUCAAAGGACGAACCAAUGUUGUCACUACCAGCUACGUCUCGGCUGAGAUGCGAGCCUUGGAUGACGCCGUCAAGAAAGCGGGAAUCACCGUUCUGAACGAGGUAGGGGUUGAUCCAGGUGUUGAUCACCUGUAUGCUAUCAAAACAAUCAAUGAAGUUCAUGAGAAAGGUGGCAAGGUCAAGGAAUUCUAUUCCUACUGUGGAGGCUUACCCGCUCCCGAGUGCGCCAACAACCCGCUUGGUUUCAAGUUUUCCUGGUCCCCGCGCGGUGCAAUCCUCUCCCAACGCAACUCUGCUUCGUUUCUGCGCCAUGGCAAGCAGGUAGACAUACCCGCCACAGAACUCAUGUCCGUUGCCAAGCCCUACUACGUUAUGGAUGGAUACUCCUUCGUGGCAUAUCCAAAUCGCAAUUCUGUCCCUUUCAGAGAGUUCUACAACAUCCCGGAAGCGGAAACUGUCAUCAGAGGAUCACUGAGAUACCAGGGAAAUCCCGAAUUCAUCCAGGCCCUGGCCAGCAUUGGCUGGCUUGACCAAGAAGAAAAGAGCUGGUUGAAGCCAGAAAUCACAUGGGCUCAGAUUCAACAGAGAUUAGUCAAUUCUCCUGGCUCGGAUGAGAGAUCUCUCAUUGCGCGCAUCAACGAAGUAUACAAAUUUCCAACCGAGGCCGAAAGUGAAAGAAUAAUUUCUGGCCUGCGAUGGUUGGGUCUCUUCUCAACCGAACCAGCCAUGAUCAAGGAUGGCAACAUUUUUGACACUCUUUGUCACCAGCUAGCAAAGCUCCUCGGUUUUAAGUCUGGCGAGCGGGACGUGGUCAUGCUUCAGCACAAGUUCAUCGUUGAGUGGAGGGAUGGUAAAAAGGACACCAUCACAAGCACUCUCGAGUUACUAGGUGAUCCGGAAAGAUAUUCAGCUAUGGCGCUUUCGGUUGGUGUCACCUGCGGUGUGGCAACUCAGCUACUACUGGAUGGUCACCCGGCGCUUCACAUGCCAGGUAUCCUUGCGCCAUACAGCAAGGAGAUAUGCGAUCCCAUUAGAGAAGCUGUGGCACGCGAGGGAGUCAAGCUUGUGGAGAAGGUUAUUUAA